GUGCCAGGCAAAAGAAUCACUGGAGCUGAAACGUGUCCAGCCUCGACGCAGAUCAUGUUGGGGUACUCGUCGUCACCAAAGUCUUGAAUUUCCCUGGCCUUUUCAACCCAUGGAUUCCACACAACUGCAUCAAUAACAAAUAUUUGUUGCCCAGAUGAUGACUCUACACAAGGACGGCAAUAGGAGCGUGAAAAAAGAAAUUGAUGGUCGACUUGAUGUACUACCCCGUCCAAUCGUGAAAAACUUGACAAACACAAGAGGAAAGGGGACCGUCAAAGGGCCAACCUGGAAAUGUUGAAAUUCAGUAGCAAAAGUGACGUCAACGCCGAGUGCAAGUGCAUCGUGCGGCUAUUGGACGAUUCCGAAGUCAUCGAAUGCGACAUUCAGCCUCGGUGCAAGGCCCAGUACCUGUUGGAUUACGUCUGCGAGCAGCUGGAUGUGCUGGAAAAGGAUUACUUUGGUCUUCGUUACGUCGAUCACCACAAGCAAAGGAAAUGGUUCGAUUUCACCAAAUCAGUGGCCAAUCAAGUCAGAGACGCUCACAAUUUGGUGCUUUGCUUCCGGGUCAAGUUCUACCCGCCGGAUCCGAUGCGACUUCAAGAAGCCACUCGCUACCAAUUGUACCUGCAGUUGAAACGGGACCUCCAGCACGGGCGACUCUACAGUCCCGGCCCUGGUCACGACUUGGCAUUUCUCGCUGCUCUCUGCCUUCAGGAGGAAUUGGGUGACUACGAUCCUGAACGCCAUCUGCCCGGCUACGUUUCUGAAAUGAAUUUGGUGCUAAACCAGUCGGAGAAACUGGAAAAUCAGGUGGAAGAAUUCCAUUCGGGACGGGUCGGCGCACUGGUCGGCAUUUCCGCCUCGCAGGCCGUCAACGCCUUUCUCAAAAAAGCCGCAACACUCGACACUUAUGGCGUCGAUCCUCACCCAGUCAAAGAUCCCAGAGGAGCUCGGCUAUACAUCGGGACGAAUCACAGCGGAGUGGCCACCUUCUACAACGGACGUCGGACUCAUCACUUCCGCUGGAUCGACAUUUCCAAGCUCAACUACGAAGGCAAAAUGUUUAUCAUCCAUCUCAUCAUCAUGGAGGAUGCCAGAACCAAGAAGAAACACACGGUGGGAUUCAAAUGCGCCACUUCGUCGGCCUGUCGCCAUUUGUGGCGCUACUCGGUGGAGCAACGCAUCUUUUUCACGUUCACGUCGUCGGCGGAAAUUCCAGCUGUCGUCACGGGCGGCAGUUUCUUCUCGCGCGGAUCCAAAGUUCGUUAUUCCGGUCGGGUGGAACGCGAGCUGGCCCUGGAAGAGGUGGCCCUGCUGGCCGCAGCGGCCGCCUCCAACCAGGACCACCCAGACGGAGUAGGUGGUGAAGGCCAUCCGGGAGCUGACGGGACCUCGUCGUCGUCCGGGGCGACGGGUGGCAGACGCCAUCGAUCGGCGGCUUACGCCUCACGACGCUCGGCCUCUGAGCCAAUCCGCGGUGACGAUUUCGACGACGACUACGAGGACGACUGUGAGGAGGAGGAGACGGACGAUUUUUCCUUCGAUCGCCACCGCUCCGGCGAACGCAACACUCCCAAUGGAUCGAGGCGGAGUAGAAAUCACGACGACUCGUUGCCAAGGCAACGCCAUCACCCCCACGAUCAAGACGUUGGACCUGAAGGACACGACAGUUACGAGGCGUCGUCGUGCGGGAGCGGAGCCAGUCAGGACGACCGCUCGGAUGUGGCCAGUUGGGUGGCGCUGGACCUGCGGGGAUUGCCCCGUCACCACCUGCAACACCAACAACACCAGCACCACCACCACCACAACAGCAGCAGCAACGGCUACGACACGCUGACGAUCGACUCGGAUUUCUACGGUUACGCCGGCAGCACGACGGGCAGCACGGCCGCCGAUCCGUCCAACAACAGCUGGUCCCUCCAUCCCUCCGACACUCAGGAUCCUCAUCACUGGCGUGAACGGGACCAUUCGGGCAGUCGCCACUCGGCCUCGCCAGCUCAUUACUCUUCUUCUUCGUCGAGGUACAAGGACGAACCGUCGGACGGCUGGUUGGAGUCGGUGCCCCGACAGCGACGACGACGAGAGCUCAAACUGUCGGAGCAGGUCCUAAGGGCCGCCAUUCCUCUACUACCCCCUGGCGGAGGAUCGCUCAUCCCGGCCGGUCCGUCGCCCGUCGGAGCGGCCGGCAACGCGUUGAAGCGCCACAUCCAACCGGCACACCCCUGUAAAAUGUGGACCAAACGGUUCCUGCUGCUGGGCACGAGCCUCUUCACGGCAUUUUCCUUCAUGGCCCUGACGCUGAUCCUCGUCUACGAAACGGAUUUCCACUGGGCCAUUCAUUUGCGUCACUGGCCCGAAAUGGUUUUCAUCCAGCGACAUUUGUACAUUCCAUUGCGUAAUCUGUUCCCCAUCGGAUCCUCCUCCUCCUCAUCAUCACCGUAAAAAACCGUUGGACGAGAGAUAAGAAAAGUGGAACAUUUUGAAUUUCCUAUCACAGCACUCGACAAAUCAAAUUCUUUUAUUUUUUUCCUUUUUUAUCCCAUUGGAAACUUCGGCGUGACACCUGGCGGCCGAAAUAACAAUCACUUUCAUCGAUUUAUUUUUGAUUUUUCAAAACAAAACAAAAAGCUUUUUUCCACAUUUUAAUAAUUCUAAAUAAUAAUAAUAAUAAUACUCGUCAAAAAAAUCUCUGGUUGUUAUUGCUCAUAAAAAUUCCUUCUCAUUUCCAUCAAAAGAAAAAAAAACUUGUCCACUGCUACAAUCGACCCAGCUCACAUCACGUCUGUCUCUUAUAUAAUUGAAUUAUCUUAUAUUGAAAAAAAACCAACAAAAAAAAAAACAAGCUUCUCUCAAAAUCAUUUCAAAAACUAAAAUGUCUUUCAAUUCUAGAACAAUUCAUCACACGUUAUAAUUAUGUCCGCGUUCAUUCCGUGUCAUUUGUUGAUUUCCUUUUAAACUGCGUUUUAUCCUUUUUAUUUUUCCUCCUCCUCCAUGCUUCGUAUACGAGACAGAAAAGUUCAACAAAUACACCACUCGUUCAAACAUUA